AUGACGACACGCGAUAUCCGUUCAUUUUUUGAAGGAGUAUCGCCCCCGGCCAAGAAGCGUCGUACAAGUAAAGAAAAAGACACGACCGAUAUAUCAAAGCAAGACGAUGUAGUUAAUAAAACGUCUGCUGUCAAGACCAGUAUCUCGAAACAUAACCAAAACAAAGAGCAGGACCAUGACAAAGACAAAGAGUGUCAGGAUGAGGUGGUCCCCGUGACAAGCUUUGCCGACUUACAGCAGAGAACGAAGCUGCGCUUAAUUAUGCAUCAUUCUUGGUUCGAGUUGCUUCAAAAAGAUCUCGCACGCGGCUCAUUUCAAGCACUGACGACAUUUCUAGAGAGCGAAGAAGACCGAAAGAAGACCCUUUACCCACCUCCGGCCGACGUGUUCGCGGCAAUGCGAGACUUUGCUUUCUCCAACCUUAAGGUGGUGAUUCUGGGACAGGAUCCGUACCAUGGACCACAGCAGGCACACGGAUUAAGCUUCUCGGUAGGUCACGGGAUCCCACCACCACCGAGUCUCAAGAACAUCUUUAAAGAGGCGAUGAGCGAUGUUGGUAUUACUCGACCCUUACACGGCUGCUUGUCGUGCUGGAGUCGACAGGGCGUACUACUUCUUAACACGGUGCUCACAGUGCGUCGAGGCGAGCCCAACUCCCACAAGAAGCGUGGUUGGGAGCAGUUUACGGAUGCUAUCAUUUCCAAGGUUAGUAAAGACGCCUCUAACGUCGUUUUUCUGCUGUGGGGAAAACCAGCACAGGAGAAGGGCUCACUGAUCGAUUCAAAACGACACCUUGUCGUGUGUACCUCACAUCCAUCACCGCUGGGCGCUACCAAGACCAACGCGCCAUUCCUGGGUUCCAAGUGUUUUUCGCGUGCCAACAGCUACCUCAAAGAGCAUGGUAAAGAACCGAUUGACUGGAGCGUACAUUAA